UAAAACAGAGCUCGGAAAAACUCCUAUUGAUUUGUGUCACUUGACUGUUACUCUGCAGAUUUCAUCCUAUUCGAGGAGUCAAAGACAGAGAUUUUGAAAGUUAGGGUUUUAAUCGCGGAAUCCCAAAAUGGAAGAAAUCAUCCAAGGUGUCAACAGCAUCAAUUUGACCGCCGAUUCCUAUAAGAAGAACCGGAUUCAAGUCUCAAAUACCAAAAAACCCUUGUUCUUCUAUGUUAAUCUCGCCAAGAGGUAUAUGCAACAGCACAAUGAAGUGGGGCUAUCUGCCCUUGGCAUGGCUAUUGCAACUGUUGUUACAAUUGCUGAAAUUCUGAAAAACAUGGCUUAGCUGUUGAGAAGA